UCUUUGCACUUUGAAGUGUUUUGGACACACGCUGGAGAGGAGAACCUGACAUAGAGAAAGAGUUGGAGCGGGACUGACAUUCAAUGGGCCGGGAGCCGAGUCACGACAAGGGUGGCCGUAGCUCCACCACCUCGUUCGUCUUGUGAAAAGCUUAAAGCACUGGUACAGCAAACAAGGAACAAGAAUACCGAGAGACACUUCAUGAUAUGAUCAUUUAUUACACAAGUGACGUGACCUUUCUCUGAGAAAAAAAUGAUCGAACUCGCGAUCCUUCGCUUACGAUGCCAAGGGACACCGUGAUAUUCGAGACGGAGCCUUGUUUUCGUGUGAUAACAUUAACAGGUUUGUGAUGAUGAUGAUGGAUGCCCGAAAAUUGAGAGCUGGGAGGAUGAGUUUGAAAGCGAGCGUGGUGGUAGAGUCCGCAACAUCUGACGACGACAACUCUCCGAAAAGCAAAACCAUCGAUCUCGGCAAUGAAAGCAACGUCCUCUUCUAUCCUAGGUUUUUCCCCUACGACCAAUCCUGGGGUUUCUUCCAUUUCCUCGACAAACACAUCCCCUGGACUAGACCCACCAUUCGUGUCUUCGGCCGAUCCUGCCUCCAGCCUAGAGAUACAUGUUAUGUUGCAUGUAGCGGAUUGACUGAGCUAGUGUACAGUGGUUAUCGGCCGCGUGCCUAUUCUUGGGAUGAUUUUCCACCCCUUAAAGAGAUCCUCGAUGCUGUUCACAAAGUGCUUCCCGGAAGCAGAUUCAACAGCUUGCUGUUAAAUAGGUACAAAGGAGGCAACGACUAUGUGGGUUGGCAUGCAGAUGAUGAGAAGCUUUAUGGUCCAACUCCGGAAAUAGCAUCAGUCUCUUUUGGAUGUGAACGUGAGUUUCUGUUGAAGAAAAAGAAACUGGAGGAGAAAGCGCUGGAUGAUGAACCUGCAAGAAAGAGACUUAAGAGAAGCAGCGGAGGAGAUGUGCGGUCUUUUACACUGAAGCAUGGAUCAAUGCUGGUGAUGAGAGGAUACACACAGAGGGAUUGGGUUCAUUCUGUACCAAAACGUGCAAAGGCAGAAGGCAUUCGUAUUAAUCUCACCUUUAGGCGUGUUGUGUGAUGUUCCUUGGGGUAGAAUGUGCAGUCGGGUUUGGAAAAAUAUCAACAACUUCGGUGCCCUGAGCAAGGAGAUGUAUUUCUUCAAUGAGGUGUAGCAAUCACUCAAUUUCUCUUUCAAACGUGUGUUUUGUGUUUGAAAAGGCGGGCAAUGGUGAUGUAAUUUGGGUUGUAGGGAGGUGGCCUCUUCCAAAUCAGAACCAAAUAAACAAAAAGAAUGUUAAAAGGA